AUGAAUACUGGAAAGGCGGAAUCGAUUAGUACGUUUAGCGAGCAUGAGGAUGAUCUUGAUGACUUUGAGGGAUCAAUUAUUUGGUCUCAAGAAGAACCGCUUUCUUCAAAUGAGAUUUUAGAAUUCACUCCAGAUCUGGAAAAUCAAAAUCGAUUAAAAUCUUUAUGCCGUUUAUGCGCUGGAGAAACUCUAAAUCCCAUUUAUAUUUACUCCGAAUACGGCGAGUCUUUGAGACUUUUACAUAAAAUAAACACGUGUCUAAGUAUUAAGGUAAAGAAAACUGAUCAUCUCCCUAAGCAACUUUGCUCAACAUGUGUUGAAAAGAUCACAUGGUGCAAUGAAUUUGAUGUUCAGUGUAUAAAAGCUGAGGAAACUCUUCUUGAGAUAUUAAAGCAGAAACAGUCUUUCACUAAUACUAUAAGUGAUGCAAAUUCUCAGGAGAAUGUAGACUCUUGUCCAUUAUGCAUCGAAGGACGAAUGAGAACUUAUGAGGAAAAUAAGAAAAUUGGAACAGAUACUGAAUUGUAUGACAGUGAUAUUGUUCUGGAAAGUAGUGAUGAAGAACAAAUCCCAAAUGAAAUUAAGAUUGACAAAGAUCCUGAAAGUGAAGCCAUAACAUUGUACUGUUUAGGUACUAUGCAGAAAUAUCUGAAAUGUGGAGCAUGCAUGAAUUUAUAUCACACAAAGGAAACUCUGGAUGAACAUAAAUGUAAACCUAACUUACAGUGCACCUCUAAGCCAUAUAAGUGUGAUAUAUGCUUUGCAACUUUUACAUUUGAAGAACGAUUGCAGUUCCAUCAGCAUUUUCACAAAGAUGUGAAAGCAUUGUAUUGUGAAAUAUGCAAAAUUACAUUUGGGAAAGAACUAAAAUUGUUUUACCAUUACAAAAGAUACCACUGUAAAGAUGGUAGAGUGUCAUGCUUACAAUGUGGAAAAUUAUUUGAAAAUCAGGAGGAACUAAAAAAACAUAUUUGUGUGGAUGGAAAAACAAGACCUCAUGUAUGUGAGGUCUGUUCUAAGGGAUUCUGUGAUGGGUACACUUUAAAACGUCAUGUGGUAACCCACCUUCCAGAAAAACCAUAUAAAUGUCCUGAAUGUUCAAAAAGUUUUACACAGAAAUCAAGGCUGAAUAAACAUGUGGCUUCACAUAGUAUCAUUUUUGAAAACAGUCAAACAAUUUGGAGAUGUGUUCGUUGUGGUGAAGCAUUUGGAAGUUGUGAAGCUGCAGAUGAACAUUGCAAGAAACAUGAGGAGAAAAUUAGCCUUAUUGAAGAGUUGCAAGUAUUGAAGCUAUAUCAUUGUGAAUUCUGCAGUAGUCACUUUGUGGACAUAGAUCAUCUAAAAAGCCAUAGAGAAUUGCAUGCUGUUGAAAAACCAUACUCUUGCAAUAAUUGUAACUCUACGUUCAAAUCCUUUGCAGAAGCUGUUCUUCAUUGGAAAGAACAUUCAAGAAUAUUCAAAGUAUUAGUAGUGUUCUUAUGUGAAAUAUGCGAUAGAGAUGUUAAAGAGCUGUCUCUGCUUUACAAGCAUAAACAAAAACGACAUCAACCAGUGCCUAGAAAAUCAGAGAAAGGCAAAGAGAAGUUCAUUUGUGAAUUCUGCGGAAGUAUCUUUGCAGGUAUAGAAGAUUUUCAAGAACAUGGAAAAUAUAGGUGCUCAAAAUUUCCAUGUGACAUUUGCGGCAGCCUUCUGCCAACAGCAAAUUCAUUGAAUGCACAUAAAAGAAGACACAGUGGACUACGACCGUAUGUUUGCAAUAUUUGUGGUAAGAGUUACACCCAGUCCAGUCAUAUGUGGACACAUAAGAGGUUUCACAUGGGUGUAAAACCAUAUGCUUGUGAAUAUUGUGAUCAGAGAUUCACAAUAAAGCCAGAUUUAGCAGAUCACACUAGGAAGAAGCAUACAAGGGAACGACCAUUUAAAUGUGAUGUUUGCAACAAGGCUUUCUUAACAGGGUCUGUUUUUUAUCAACACAGAUUAAUACACAGGGGAGACCGUAGAUACAAGUGUCACUAUUGUGAAAAAGCAUUCACCAGAACAGAAGCGUUGAAUAAUCACAUAAAAAUCCACACUGGUGAAAAACCACAUGCUUGUGAUGUUUGUGGGAGAUGUUUCAGGCAGAAGGGAGAUAUGAGAAAGCACAGACGAACCCAGCAUACAGCUAAACAAGAGUUAAAAUAG